GAAUGAAAUUACGAAUCCCAUUUAAGUAUAUGUGGGCAAUGUAAAUAAAAGUGCCAUUAAUUGAUACGACAAAAUUUAGAUUUUGCCAAGACAUGCGGAGAUUUUCAUGUGUAAAUAGUACAUAGUAAUUAUUGCAUCCUGGAGUCAAGUCAGGAGUUAAGUCAUCCCAUAGGAAGUGGUGUUUUCUUUGAUAAUUAUACAUUCAUAGACAUGUAUCAUAGAAAAUAAUUAUGUCUGUGAAAAAUAUACAAUCAGCAACACCAUCAAGACUUAUAAACAGGCCUGAUAAUCGCGAGGGUGGCGAAGAGAUUGAAAUUACUGCUCAAAUAACUGUACCUCUUGACGGUGGCUGGGGUUGGGUCGUUGUUUUCGCAUCAUUUUUCAGCAUUUUUAUCUUAGAUGGAGUGUCUUAUACAUUUGGCGCUCUACUUAACGAUAUAUCUCAAGAUCUGAAAGUUUCGAAUUCACCAGUAGCUUUAAUAAAUUCCACAUCAGUAGCACUGUAUUUCAUAGGGAGCCCGUUGGCAUCUGCUCUUAUUAAUAGGUAUGGGUUCAGGGAGUGUGCGAUGUGUGGCUCAGUUGUGUGUACUUUUGCUUUAUUAAGUUCAUAUUUUACCACUGUAUACGUGACGUUAUUCAUUUUUUAUGGUAUUAUCGCUGGAUUUGGAUAUGCUCUCAUAAAUAUGUCGUCUUCAUUGAUUGUGGGAUUUUACUUUGAGAGGUUACGCUCUGUGGCUAUGGCGAUAGGAACAUGCGGAUCGAGCGUUGGUGUUAUGACACUAUUUCCUGCAAAUACUUACCUAGUAAAACUAGGCGGAUGGCGUACUGCUACAUUGCUACAUUCAGGAUUUUUCGCAAUAACAUUUUUUCUGGGGCUAACUUAUAGGCCUUUGCUAUCUGUUCAAGUAGCAAAGGCUAAGGAAGACGUCCCUCAGAUACGAACCGUGACUUACCUGCCGAGCGUGAUGAGUACGGCAGCAGACCGGAGUGGAGCUCGUUCGUCGCCAUCAUACGCUAAAACAGACAACCUUCUUCCAACUGUAACAGAACGACUUUUUAACGCUGUUUCUAAUUUAAAUUUUCCGACUGUAGCUGCUGUUGUGGAAGCAGAUACAGAAACUGAACUAGAAACGCCUGGACCAUCGACUGCAGGUGCAUCAAGGACUACGCUUGCUCCGCUUAACCCAGACGUAGCAAGUUCUUCUAAACAAUUAAAGCAAGUGCAGUCUAUUGUAUCGAAAAAUAGUGAAAAGAUUGAGGUAAUAUCAGAUAAACAAGAAGGAGGAAAACAAGCUAAAGAUCGUACGAGCAGUGUUCUUCAUUGGAAUCGGCAUGUUACUGAGUCUCGACCUUUGUAUAGAGACGAUGUCUUCUAUCAAGGCAAAAUAGAAGAUCUACCAGCUUACAAAAAAAGCAAGAUGGACACAAAACGAGAAUCGAGAACUGGCUUUGAAUAUCAAAUGGCCGUGUCGCGAGCGUUGACAGUACAAGACAUUCAAGACAAAGGGAGAGUGAUGACUACGGCUAUGAGGAGAGUGCUCGCAACUAUGAUGGAUCCAAGCCUUUUGAAAAAAUGGUCCUUUAUAUUGCUCUGUAGUAGUGGGUUUUUAACAUAUGUAGGGUUUUUGGUACCAUAUGUAUAUUUACAGGACCGAAACUUACAAGAAGGAGUAGACCCGAUGCACUGUGCACUGUUCGUUAGUGCAAUCGGUGCAUCAAAUGCGGUAGGUAGGUUAGUGUUAGGUCUGCUUGCCAGUAAAAUCGAUCCUUUAAAAUUAUUCGCAUUUGGAUGUUCAGCUGCAGGAAUAAGUACAGUCAUAUCUGGUAUUUCCUACCACGUAUACUAUCAAUAUACUUACUGCAUUAUUUUUGGAUUUUUUAUAGCUGGUGUUGCUGUUUUAAGAAGUUUAAUUUUAGUAUCAUUAUAUGGUUUAGACAAAUUAACUAAUGCCACGGGAAUGAUGUUAAUAUUCUUAGGUAUAGGGAAUUUAAUCAGCACACCGAUAGCAGCUUUAAUAAAAGAUAAUUAUGGGUAUGCAAUUGCAUUUUAUGUAGCUGGAUUCUUUAUAACGUUAAGUGGCCUUAUUUUGAUACCGGUAAAAACAAUCUCAAUGAUGGAAGAAAAAAGAGAAAAAGGAAUAGAGACAAAGAAAAAAGGCAAAGAGAAAGAAAAGGCAAAUGAGAAAGUAAAAUAG